AAAUGCAAACUAUCUCAAAAUAUCCAAUUCUUUUUCUGUUAUCCCAUGAUCAAACCAUGACCAGUUCUUGGAGAAAACUCAAGAUAAGAAACUGAGAGAGACUUCAUCCUCACUUCACUCUCCCCUGUCCUCCAGUCCCUCAAAAACAAAUUAUGCCUGCCACUCUCUUUCUCACUCCUCUUUCCACUCUACCAAACAUUACCCAUCAUCUUCCCUCUCACUCAAACCCACCAUUCCAUUCAUACAAUCCCAUCUCAUCUGCCUUAAACUCAAAACCUCCACAAAACCCCAAACCAACUAACCCAAUUCCCUCAAAAUCUCCCAAUUCUCUCUCACUCAGCUCCACCACGACAACCCCGAAUUCGAAGGCUCCAUCAGAGCCUAAUUCAAGCACUGAUGCUUGUAUUAAGGCGCCCACAGCUCCAUGGAUGAAGGGUCCUCUUCUUCUUCAACCCCAUGAAGUCAUUGACUUCUCAAAACCCCGAAACAAGAAGACCCACAACAAUGCCAAAGCCGAAAAGCCGGAUACUGUGCUGGCUGGGAAGUUAGUUGGCAUUAGAGGCGAUAAAGCAAUCAAGCAAAUUGUCCAAAGCAUUGAAAGGCUUGGACCAAACCAGAAAACAGAUGAAACCCAGAAAGGUUUUGGGGAAUUUAGAAUUUGGGAUUCCUUGGAGGGACUUGGACAAAAUGAAAAAUGGGAUGAAACCCACAAAGAUUUUGUGGAGUUUGGAAUUGGUGGUUGUUUGGAGGGACUUGGAAAAGCUGCGGAUUCGAGAUUUGGCGGGAAAAUGCCGUGGGAGAGGGAUGAAAGGAUCGUCUUUCAGAGAAUAAAGAAGAAAAGGGUGGCAAGUGCAGCCGAACUGAGCCUCGAGAAAGAGUUGCUUGAGAGGUUGAGAGCUGAGGCUGCUAAGAUGAGGAAAUGGGUGAAGGUCAAGAAAGCUGGGGUCACUCAAGCCAUUGUGGAUGAUAUAAAGUUCAUUUGGAAAACAAAUGAACUUGCCAUGGUCAAAUUUGAUGUGCCUCUCUGCCGGAAUAUGCAUAGAGCUCAAGAAAUAGUUGAGACCAAGACUGGAGGCAUGGUUGUUUGGGGAAAGAAAGAUACACUUGUAAUUUAUAGAGGAUGCAAUUAUCAGUCGAGUUCAAAAUUUUUUCCGAAGAUGCGCCCAUGCUCUGCUGACCGUCAAGAAACAUUGUCCUCUGAUCACAUGCAGCCGGAUUUGGAAGAAAAUAGUAGUUAUCAAUAUAAAUCAUUUGAAAGUCCUGUGGAUGAAAAGAUGAGCCGAAAGGAUGCAGAAGAGGAUUGUAUUCAAAGUGGAACCUUUCAAGAAACCAGUAUGAGUUGCCAACCAACUAGUAGGUCAUUAUAUGAGAAGGAAGCAGAUAGAUUAUUGGAUGGCUUGGGACCUCGAUUCAUUGACUGGUGGAUGCACAAACCUUUGCCAGUAGAUGCGGACUUGCUUCCGGAAGUGGUUCCUGGGUUCAAAGCUCCAAUUAGGCGUUGCCCACCACACACUAGAUCAAAGCUGACAGAUGAUGAACUAACAUUCUUGAGGAAGUUUGCUCGCUCAUUACCUACUCAUUUUGUCUUAGGAAGGAACAGAAAACUUCAAGGCCUCGCUGCUGCCAUUUUAAAAUUGUGGGAGAAAAGUCUUAUAGCGAAGAUUGCUGUGAAGUUCGGAGUUCCGAACACAAACAACGAGCAAAUGGCAUAUGAGCUGAGGUGUCUCACAGGAGGAGUUCUGAUACUACGUAAUAAGUUUAUUAUAUUACUUUAUAGAGGCAAGGACUUCCUUCCUUGUGGGGUUGCAGAUUUAGUAGCAAAAAGGGAAGUGGAGCUCACAAGAUGGCAACUCUACGAAGAACAUGCACGCCAAAAAGCAAUUGAAACUUUUUGUGAAUCUGGUGAACCGUUAGUGAAUACAGUUGGAACAUUAUCAGAAUUCCAAGAUAUCCAAACAGAGUAUGGAGAACUUAUAAAAGAAAAUAAGAAUGUCGAAAUUAAGCUGGAAGCUGAAAAGGAACAACUAGAGAGGGAACUGAGGAAUCAAGAACGGAAGUUUUUCAUUCUAAACAAGAAAAUAGAGAAAUCAACAAAUGAGUUAUCAAAGUUGAAUUCUCAAAGGACACCUGCUGAGCAGGAUGUUGACCAGGAAAUGAUGACUGAAGAAGAGAAAGAAUGUUUACGAACGGUAGGACUGAAGAUGCAUAGUUGCUUGGUGCUCGGCAGGCGUGGGGUUUUUAAUGGUGUAAUGGAAGGUCUUCAUCAGCAUUGGAAGCACAGAGAGGUAGUCAAGGUUAUUACGAUGCAGAAACUGUUUAGACAGGUCAUGCACACUGCAAAGUUGCUUGAAGCAGAAAGCGGUGGGAUUCUAGUUUCAGUGGAUAAGCUAAAAGAAGGCCAUGCUAUUAUUAUUUACCGUGGGAAAAAUUACCGACGGCCUUUAAUGCCAACAGGGGGGAAUCUUCUAUCUAAAAGAAAAGCAUUGCAUAGAUCUCUUGAAAUGCAGAGAAUUGGAUCACUCAAGUUUUUUGCAUCCCAGAGACAGCAAGCAACCUUAGACUUGAAACUCAAACUGAAUGAUGAGAUCUUGCUGGAGAAGCCAAGAAUAUCUUUGGAGGAAUUUCCAUGGUUUGAAGGCUACCUUCCAGCAUUUCUAUCACCUUGCUCAUGGAUGGCCGAUCAGAGGGAUUAAUCUGAAUGCACCACAAACUUACCAAAAUCAUUUUCCUUACCGUUUGUUCUUCCUCGCCAGUAGUAAUCCCUUGGAGACCUAAAUCCCUCAGUUUUAAAUGCUAUGGCUUUCACUUUCUUCCAAUAUUUUGUUAAAAAUACAUUCUCUCUACAGUGACGUCUCGAGUUAAAAGAAUUAUUUCGGAUGCAGUGCCGGUUGAGCAGCGUAGGAGGCCGGUACACUAGCCCGUUGAUUUUGACUGAAGGAUGCUAGAUCCUUCAACUGGCAGCAUGUUUUUAUCAUAUUUUUUCUAUAUUUUCAGUCACAUUUUUUAUAGGGUUAAUUAUCUUAAGUAUAGAAUAACCGUACAAACUUAGAUUUUAGGUUUUGGGGCCCAAAACUCGAGAGCUAAAACUUCAAAUCUAAGCAAGAAACUGUGCUGGUUGACCUGCAUAUUCAUUAGUUCAGGAUGAAUUUCCUAUUCCAAAAUGAAUUUUAAAAGAACAAGGAAGACAUACCUGGUUUUAUCCGAACCCUUGGACAUUUAGAUAGAUAAGGCUGAUCAGGGCAAUAGCAUGAAAAUCCUGUUGAACUCAUAUUAUACCUGCACUGCCCAUCUGAUCUAGUACACUCAUCACAUAGACUAUUAUUUGCUGUCUACAACAAUCUAAAACCACCCUGUAAAACCGCAGCCAGACUGAUUUGAUUGUUUUGUAGAUUUAACAAUGCCGUUUAAUCUGCAGGAACGUUGACGCGGCUGUUCCACAUGCCCAAACGACUGCUUGCUGAUGUUAGGUUCCUUGCCACAUCGUAGUAGCUGAAGUUGCCUGUGCCAUUUCCAUUUACUGCGCAAUCAAUUGACUGGGGAGAAAGCUCUGGAAUUGAAGGGCAUCCACACUACAGUAUGAGCUUAUGACUAUCAGAAGCUUAGUUAAAGAAGCGGUGAUCCAGAGUCGUAUUGACGACAAUGCCUGCUGGACAAGUAUUGCUCCACAAAUCUGCUAAGGCAACUUUGAGAGUCUGUUAUGUUGUUGAUUCCAAAAAUCUGGUAACGUUGUGACAUGAUUGAGAUCUCAGGGCCAUCGGUUUUGAAUUCUAGUUCAAAUGCAGGGUGGCCGCAGUACUCUGGCCGGUGGAGACCCCAGAAUGGAUAUCCUAUGUCUUGUCAUCUAUUCCUGAGCACCAAAAUGUUUUACUGCAGUUCAGGUAUUGCUUAUCAUAGCCGGCAGACAGAGAGGGGAGGACAUUUGCAAUAGAGCGAAGGAGAAACAAACACAGGCAACAAAGUUUCAUUUUUCUCUCCGUGGAGCUAAGAAAGCCAGAAAUAGAACUCAGAUAUGGAAAGUGAAGUUAUUAUGUUUCUGUAAAUGUACAUAUUCUUUUUGUUUGCUUGAGUGUUUGAAUUCAAUGGCUUUUCACAAGGAAAUGACUUUGAAUCUUCUUUCAGUUAAUUCCGCAUGCACCUGCACCAGAGAAGAUUAAAAGAGGCUAAGACAAAUCCUGUUGUCUAGAAGGAUGACUAUAUUUAACUAGAGUUAUUUUGACUCCAUUGCUGAUGCUACCUCUGAUUGCAGCUUGAAGAUUUUUGUUCCAAUGACGGUCCUAGCACUCUUUAUUCUCAUUCCAGUCAAUGUAUCAAGUGGAACAUUAUUUUUCCCAAGGAAAGAAUUAGUUUUGACUUUUGAGUGACAUUGAUAAACUCUCUAUAUCAAAUGUGCUCCCUAAAUCCAUAAGGUUUUUUUUCCACAUAGGAUUGGAAUACUUGUUCACACUCUGGACUUGUUACAUGUUAUACAAGGAGUAUGACUAUGUAGCAUCAAUGAGAUUACAAUUCUUAGCUUCACAGCGCAGGCGUGCAGAACAGUUCACAGUAGUGGUUAGGAGUAUACCACACGUCUCUGGUUGCUCAGUAUCAGAAACUGUGGACCACUUCUUUCAGACGAACCACCCGAGUAAUUAUCUUUGUCAUCAGGCAGUGUACAAAGCAAACAAAUUUGCCAAACUUGCGAGAAAGCGAGAUAGGCUCCAAAAUUGGCUAGACUAUAACCUGCUUAAGUUCGAAAGGCAUCCAGACAAAAAACCAACUACAAAGAUAGUGUUUUCAUAUGAAGCAAUGGCAAAAGACAAUGGAGCAAACUGCGGAACCUGACCUAAAUUUGAAGUCAUACUUGGCCGAUGCCUACUUGCACCCCAUUUUCCGGUCAUUCGAGGAACAGGAGUUGGUUGAAGUUAGUGUAGACAAGCAUCAAACUCUUGCUGCCACUCCCAUAACAAGCGAACUCAGUUCCCCCUCUCCGCCCCAUUACGCCCGUCAGACACCCCCAUCUUCUCCCCAAUCUGCCCACUAUCAAUCAUCUCCACCCCAGUACGUCUAUAAUUCAAACUCCUCCCAGUUAUGAGUAUCAUUCAACCUACCCACCACAUCAUGCCUAUUACAACGAAGAACCUUGACCAUUAACUUGCUAGUAUGCUUACAAGACCUCUAACUAUGUUAUCUAGCUUAUUUUCCAGUUACUUGAUGUAGAGGUUUUGUAUGCCUAAAGCCGGCCAAAUUUGCACUCCCAAGUAAUAUUUCAACACCUUGCACAGCAGAUUCCAUUAUAGAUACAGUCCAGCUCGUAUUUGUAUUUUUUUGGCCAACCAGCUCGUCUUUGUAUUACCCAACUGAAAUUAAUUCACGUGUUAGAAUCAAAAA